UAUCCCCCGCGCCCCCUUCCGAGCUCAGCCCACGGCCUCUGGGGCUGGGGCUGGGGGGCAGCGCAUCGGGGAAACUCGACCCCGCUCAACAUUGUAUUUAAAAAAAAAAUCUUAAACUACCAAACUCGCAGUAAAUUUAUAAUUUAUCCACGUGCUUUGAAAGCCCUCUGGGGAAGGGACCUGUCUCCUGACAGGUGGGAAGCCCAGGGUGGGGUGUGAUGUAGCCAGGCUUGGGAGAAAUUUUGUGAUGGUGGUUGUUUUAUGAUUUGCUCGGAAAAUACCCAUGUCUAUUUUUCUGCAUUUUUUAUUGAUCUAAAUUUUCAUGGUUGUGGGAAAUUAUUGGUAGUCAGACGGGUUCAGACAAUUGUUUAAUGACAGUAGACACUGAGAUUCAAGAAGUUAUGUUUUUAUAACUCAAAACACAAAUUGUCAACAUCUCAUGUCAAAACAUAAAACCUAAAUGUCCUCAAAUCAAGCUCUAAGAAGGUCUCAAGCAGCAUUUUUCUUAUUUUGUCUCUGUAAAUUUCAGUUAUUGAUGGAAAUAUUUUUCAUGGGUUUAUGUGUAUGGUGAAAUUGAUGUUUACCAACAUUUACUGAUAAAAAUCUUACUUCCAAGCUUAGAUAUAAGUAAUAUCCAGACAUUUGAGAAAUAGCUGAUAAUCUUUCAUCCAAAUCUUGCAUUCAUAUGUCUUUUGAUGACUUCACACAGGAUUAUUUUGCUUUGUUUUAGGUAUUUGUAGUGUUUUCCACAGUUUCUUCUGUGGUUGGGUAUUUUGAACAGUUAGUGGAGGCAGAAUUGACUUGCAAAUAUUAAAAUAUAUCUAAGUUUCAAAACUCUAGACCAGAGGUUCCCAAACUGUGGGGCGUGCCCCUAUAGGGAGGCACGGAGGAAUGUUGGGGGCAAGGGGGAAAGGGAGAGUGCAUGGCUGCUCCUCAGAGCAAAGGAACUGUAGAAGUUGAAACGCUAGUAGUGUUCUCUUGUGCAGCGCAGAAGAAUGAGCCAACAGUGGGAAAGAGUACACUAUAUUCUGAUUGGAUACAUUUGAAGAGGACAAUUUUAGUCUUGUGGCAUGCGUCAGCAGGAACCAUACUAAAAAAGAUGGCUGGCUGUGGUGAAAUUGAUCACUCGAUCAACAUGCUUCCCACUAAUAGGAAGACAAAUGAGUCAUGUUCCAAUGCAACACCUUCCCUGACAGUCCCUGAAUGUGCUAUCUGUCUGCAAACAUGUGUCCACCCAGUGAGUCUGCCUUGUAAACAUGUUUUCUGCUAUCUGUGUGUGAAGGGAGCUUCCUGGCUUGGAAAACGAUGUGCACUGUGUCGGCAGGAGAUUCCUGAGGACUUUCUUGACAAGCCAACCUUACUAUCGCCAGAAGAACUCAAAGUGGCAAGCAGAGGCAAUGGGGAAUAUGCUUGGUACUAUGAAGGUAGAAAUGGUUGGUGGCAAUAUGAUGAACGUACCAGUAGGGAGCUGGAAGAUGCCUUUUCCAAAGGUAAAAAGAGUACUGAAAUGUUAAUUGCUGGGUUUUUGUAUGUAGCAGAUCUCGAAAACAUGGUUCAGUAUAGGAGAAAUGAGCAUGGACGUCGCAGGAAAAUAAAACGGGACAUAAUAGAUAUACCAAAGAAGGGAGUGGCCGGGCUUAGGUUGGACUGUGAUUCUAACACUGUCAAUCUAGGAAGAGAGAGCUCUGCUGAUGGCGCAGACAGUACAUCGGCUCUGGGGGCUGCUGCUGCGCAGCCUCUAGCAUCCGUUUCUGCUAGACCCCUAACUUCACUAGAUGGUCAGCUGACGAGUCCUGCAACGCCAUCACCUGAUGCAAGCACUUCUUUAGAGAACUCUUUUGCCCACUUACAAAUAAACGGAGACAGCAUGUCUGAAAGAAGUCAUAGGGGAGAGGGAGAGGAAGACCAUGAGUCAUCAUCUUCUGGUAGGGUGCCAGCCCCUGAUACCUCCGUUGAGGAAACCGAAUCGGAUGAUAGCAGCGAUAGUGAGGAUGUGUAUGCUCAACUUCAGCAACACACGUCCUCUACCCAGCAAAGACACUUGAAUGCGAAUGCAAACCAAUCAGUAAUAGAGAGACCAGUGGCAGGGGGUGGGGCAGUAAGCACCAGUGUAAGAUCUAGAAGGCCUGAUGGACAGUGCACGGUAACUGAAGUUUAAAUUUAGAGCCAUGUGUUUUUAAAAACUCAGACCAGUAUCUGUAAAUUUUCUGUCCAUGCCGGCAUUGCACUCAAACCUAGCAGUGUAUUUGAAGUGGGAGGGGGGAAGGGGAGAAACAGAUUUGGCCUGUUAACUUAAAGUCUCAACAUGUCUCAGCUGGAAGACUCUUUAAAUGUAAGAAACUGGGGUGUCUUGUUAAUGGUUUGAAAGCUACUUAGCAAUACCCAGUUUUCUUGAAAAUGUCUCUUGUGUUUAUUUUGUAGCAUUUUACCCGUGGAGAUACUCAGUCCCUUUUUGGCCAAUGUAUAUCCACUGUACAACUCAGAUUGUCUUCAUUAUCUGACUGUUGCAUUAAGUGUCUUACUACUUUCUGCAUGGAUUGAUAUAUGAAAAGAACACUAAAGCAAUGUGGGAACAGACAAGAUGUUGGGUAUGAGCAGGAUGCUUAAUUUAAUGUGAGAAAAUAUAUGUGAGUUUGGAGUUAAGAUGUGUUUUAUUAGACAAAGCAAUCAUUUUAUCUUCAUGCAAUGGAAAUGUAAAAAUGCUAUUAACUUUCGUUGAAAAUUCUUAUCUGUACACACUUCAUUGCGUUUGCAUUGGCUUUGCUGUCUAGUCCUUGUAGUUUGUUUUUGAGGUCUUUGUUGAUCCGUCUUGUUUUUGUUACAAAAUUUAUAAUUUAAUAAAAACUACACUUUAACAAUC